GUGUGAACCGUGAGUCACUCGAGUCACCAAAGGUUCCACUGACGCCACUUCUCAGUGAACGGGAGCGGUGUUGACGUGUCACCCACACUCGGACUGGUGCGCUCACCCAAAGUGAGGGACAACGACAGUCUCAUCCCGUGGACCAGCGUCUGUAGAAACACACACAACAACAAAUUCAUCAAAUCACUCGCUUCAGAAAAAGGAUUCGUCAUCGUUGCCGAGCUGCGCAUGCGCAGACAGUGGAGCGAGCGAUGGCGAAAUUCCUGCUUUCCUGCGAGCGACAGGUCUGGCUGGAAAGUUAGCGCGAUCCGACCGCAGCACCGAGCAUCGGCAGCCCUGCAGUGUCUCCGUGGUCCCUCCAGCCUCUUGCGGACCGUGACAGCGUGCCGCCUCGCGCUUCAGACUUGGAGGAAAGCACACUUUGCUAAUUAUUAGCCGGCUAGCUCUGGGAAGCUAACGUUAGCAUGCCACUUCUCGACGUGUCCGGCGUUCGUCAAGGAAGAUAGCAAGUUUGUUGGAAGUGUCAGGAACACAGCGCUGAAUCUCCUGGGAGUGGAACGGCCGAAGAACCGACGUUGACCGCUGCUGCUGAGCCGACACACCGACAAAUCACUGCACCAAAUUUGAGCGCUACCAAGAGGCCAUUGGAGAGAAAGCCAACUGCAGUGUACCGCUGGCGAAACCAAUGCUAAUGGAGUUUAUUUUGGAGGAGCAGCCAUGUUUUGUUGCAGAGAGCCAGAGCAUUCCGCAGGUAAUAGUGGACCUGGACCCCAGAAACUCAUUCCCUGGACAUGUAGUGGAUGGAAAGAGGAGCGGUCUGCCAGGAGCUCCUCACUCGUGGUGUGAAUGAAGGAAACAUGGCGGACCACAGCCCACCUCUGGAGUCUGGCCAGCUGCUCAGCCCUGAACUCCCAAUCCUGGCUUCGCCGCCUCCCUCGGCCAUGGUCAACGGCGAGGGCUCCCAGCAGGUAAUCCUGGUGCAGGUAAACCCAGGCGAGGCCUUCACAAUUCGACGAGACGAUGGUCAGUUUCAGUGUAUCACAGGUCCUGCUCAGGUUCCCAUGAUGUCUCCAAAUGGUUCAGUGCCUCCAAUCUAUGUGCCUCCUGGAUACAUUUCACAGAUCAUCGAAGAGAACGGAGUGCGGCGGGUUCUGGUUUUACCUCAGCAGCCAGACUUCCACCCAGGCGGCCACUCCCCUCUUCACCACCCCCCGCCGCCCCCCCACGCCCACCUGCCUGCGUUUAUCCCUCAUCCCUCCAUGAUGCCGCCGCCCCCCCACCUAUACACGGGGAUGGCAGGCGGCGUGGGCGACAUGAACUCGCAGUACAUUUCCCAGUACCACCCAGCUCACAUCUACUCAGAGCAGGUCUCUGCAGAUUCCCACCCCCCACACGGACGCCCGGCCGCCGUCCACCGAGAUGACAGAACGAGCAAAACGUACGAGCGCCUUCAGAAGAAGCUGAAAGAACGUCAGGGAGGUGGAGGAGGACUGGUGAAGGACAGUCCGCCCCCCUCGCCACGCAAGACCUGCAGCAGUCCCUCUGGACAGGACAUUCACAACGGCGUGGGAGGAAAAGGGCUGGAGGUGGAGUCGGAUCAGCCUGGCCAUGCGUCAGCCAGCGCCGACAAGCAAGUGGGCCGGCGGAGAAACGGAGAAUCAGAAGUGCUGGACGAGGAAGCUGUGGCUCUGCAAGCGCUGCUCAGCACCGUGGCCAAACCUGUGGUGUCUGAUGUCCAGGCCAGAUCAGCGGUGGUCAGCUGGAGUGAACCCAGCAGGCUGGAUGGUGAGAGCAGCCCAGAGGAGAAGCCCAGCUCCUCAGGAACCUUCAGCUACGACGUCUCUUCCUCCAACACCGGCAAGGAUGGAAAGUACAAGAGCAUGUGCUGCUGUGAAGAACUAAGUGCAACUUUGGAAAACCUUCGACCUGCAAGCGAUUACCAUGUCAGGGUCCAGGCCGUGUGCAGCUGUGUGAAGGGCAGCCCGUCGGAGGCCGUGAGCUUCACCACUCUGAGCUGUGAGCCGGAUCCUCCCAAUCCUCCCAGGAAGUCCAGCGGAACCAAGAACACUCUGGUGCUGCAAUGGAAGGCUCCGUGUGACAACGGCUCCAAGGUCCAGAACUACAUCCUGCAGUGGGACGAGGGCAAGGGCACCGGCAUCUUCGAGCAGUGCUACUACGGCCCACAGAAGCAGUACCGGCUCACCAAGCUCACGCCGGCCUCCAGAUACUCCUUCCGCCUGGCAGCCAAAAACGACAUGGGCGUAAGCGAGUUCAGUGAAGUGGUGGACCUGUUCACCUCAUGCAGUGUGCCAUUGCCACCCUUCCCUCCAGAGCUGGAGAAGGCAGGCGUGACCUGGCUGUGUCUGAAGUGGCAGAGGCCCAACAGCUCUCCAAAGGAGGACGACAUCUACUACGUCUUGGAGAUGGAGGAGGAAGGCUCAGGCUAUGGCUUCCAGCCGAGCUACGACGGCGAUGAGCUCUCCUGCACCGUCAGGGACCUCCACAGGAGCACCAAGUACAAGUUCCGGGUGGCAGCAUACAACUCGGAGGGGAAGAGCAACCCGAGCCAGGUGGUGGAGUUCAUGACCAGCCCAGACAAGCCCAGCUGUCCCUGCCGGCUGAGCAUCAGGGGCAGAGUCCUGCCGCACAGCUUCACCGUGGCCUGGGAACCCCCUCGAGACAACGGCGGCGCUGUGGUCACCAAGUAUGUGGUGGAGCUGUCGGAAGGAUUGAGCGGUGAGUCCCAGAACCCUCUGCCGUCUAGCUCCGGCUGGGACUCAUGGUGCCAUCCUUCUGCAGGGGUGUCCUGGGAGCUGGCCUAUUCUGGACCAGCGCUGGAGCACCAGUGUGGCGGCCUGAAACCCGGCUGCUCUUACCAAAUGCGAGUGUACUGCAUGAGCACGGGGGGCCAGAGCCCGCUGUCGGAGACCAUGCAGGUCCAGACUCCAGCUGUGCCCCCAGGGUCCUGCCAGCCCCCUCGACUGGUGGGCAGGCCUAAGGCCAGGGAGGUCCAGCUGCGCUGGGCUGCUCCUCAGGUGGACGGCGGCAGCCCGGUGUCCUGCUUCGGCCUGGAGAUGUGUGGGCAGCAGUCUGAGGACAGCAGGGAGGUCUACCAAGGCCCGGAGACGGACUGCCUGGUGGGAGGUUUGAUGCCCGGGAAAACCUACAGCUUCCAGCUCAGAGCAGCCAACAAGGCCGGGUGGGGACCUCUGUCGGAGCGGCUGGAGGUCACGACCGGAGCUGGAGCGCCCGAGCCGUGCAGAGCUCCGUCCUGCGCCUGCAAGUCGCCAAGCUGCGUGGUGGUGAGCUGGGAGGCCCCGCCCUGCAACGGAGCCCCGGUGACUGAGUUCCGUCUGGAGUGGGGCGCAGCGGAGGGAAGCAUGCAGCAGUGCUACAGUGGACCAAACCUGAGUCACGAGAUCAAGGGCCUGCUGCCGGCCACCAGCUACUUCUGCAGGGUCCAGGCCGUGAACGCGGCAGGAGUGGGCCCCUUCAGCGAGGCGGUGCUGUGUCAGUCCCCCUGCUCCGUCCCGGCCGCCGUGGGCACCAUCUACGUGCUGAAGCAGUCUCAGAUGCAGAGGUUCCAUCCCUCAGUGGAGGAGGAGGAGGAGGAGGAUGAGGAGGAGGAGGAAGAGGACGGCGGCGGCAGCGCUCACCACUUCUCCCCCUCCACCUGCCUGGGCAUCAGCUGGGACGCUCCCAACGACCACGGCUCAGAGAUCACCUCCUACCUGCUGGACCUCGGGGAGAAGCAGCCCGUCGCCGUGGGCCCCGUCACCAGACAUGUCCUCCAGCACCUGCAGCCCGACACCAGCUACAGGAUUCGGAUCCAGGCCCUCAACAGUCUGGGAGCCGGACCCUUCAGUCACACCUUUAAGCUGAAGACCAAGCCCCUCCCACCGCCGCCGCCGCGCCUGGAGUGCACCGUCUUCAGCCACCAGACCCUCAGGCUGAAGUGGGGGGACGGACCUCCCAAGACCUCAGACGCCCUCCAGUACCAGCUGCAGAUGGGGGACAAGAGCGGCAGGUUCUCCUGCGUCUACAGAGGCCCCUGCCACACUCACAAGGUCCAGCGGCUGAAUGAGUCUACCUCCUACACCUUCCGCAUUCAGGCCUUCAACGAGGCCGGAGAGGGGCCUUUCUCCAGCGUCUACACCUUCGCCACCCUGCGCUCCCCGCCAGCUGCUGUCAGAGCUCCCCGGGUGGAGCGGCUGGACGACGGCUGCUGCGAGGUCAGCUGGGACGCUCUGCUGCCCAUGAAGGGGGACCCCGUCAUCUACACGCUGCAGUGCAUGAUGGGAAACGCUGACUUCAAACAGGCCUACAGAGGUCCGGCCACGUCCUUCCAGGUCCACAACCUGCAGCCCAGCAGCGACUACCGGUUCCGGGUCGGCGCCAUCAGGCAGUGCCAGGACGCCCCGGAGCUGAGCGGCCCCUUCAGCCCCACGGUGACGCUCUCCCCGCAGCGAGCCGAGCCCUCGGCGGCCGCCGGCGCCGCCUCCUCCGGCUCGCGGGCCGACUCGGGCCGCGCCCGCCGCAGCCUGACGGACGAGCAGUGUGCGUUCCUUCUCCUCAUGGCGUUCGCCGUCAUCGCCAUCCUCAUCGCGUUCGUCAUCCAGUACUUUGUCAUUAAAUGAUGCGCCCCCGAGCUGCCGGGCUCCAGCUGUACCCCCUCCCUCUCCCCCCUCUCGUUUCCUCUGUGUAGCCCAGGGGGGAGGAGGAGAAGGGCCGGGGCUCCUGUGAGGCCUCCCCGCUGCUGUAGUUCUCCUCCACAGGUUUCUGUUCCAACGUGAUCGUGUGCGACAAAAAAAAAAAAAAAAAAAAGAAAAGAAAAGAAAAAAAAUCAUUGGAGGACGUGCGGCGCCAGGGGCCCCGGCCCCCACGUAUCUAGAUUUCUACGUAUAUAUAGAUAUAUAUACAUAUAUCUAUAUCUAUAUCUAUCUAUCUCCUGCGUACGGGUGUGUAGAAGCUCUUUAUUUAUGUCUCCGUCACGUGGUUCGGAGCUGGUGUUUGCACAGUGCGUGCGCGCGUGUGUGUGUACGUGCCACCGAGGUGUGCGGCAGCGACGGCUCCGGGGCCACAUGAAGGCUCGGUGGGGGGGUCUGCGCGAGCGGCGACGGGACCUCCCCUUUUCUUUUUAACCUCAUGAAGCACUUUGAUGUUCCGAAUGUUGCGAGAUGGACGCCGCUAUAUUUUUGUACCGCCGGUCUGCGGAGGGGCGGGGCGGGGCUUGCUCCCCUGCCUGUUCGAGGAGGGGCCGCCUGCUUUUAGAAACCAGGCCCCCGAGACGCCGACCGCUUCAGUGGAGCAACCCGGGAGAAUUUCCUUUCCUUUUUUAGCCUCUUUUAUUUGCACCUGUCUUUGUUCCUCUUUGGGUUUCCCGCGCAGAUCUUUUUCUGACCGGAGGCUUCUGAUCCGUGGAGCGUCAGCGCCGCCGUUCUUGCCCCGCCCACCUCCCCCUGGCUUCCCGUCUCAUUUUAAGGCCCCCAACACGAGGGUCCAGGGCAUGACGACAACAUAUGCACAAAAACAAAACCCAGACCAUUUUUAUGUCAUUUUAAUGUUACCUCAUACGCGCACAUUCCAAAAGGAAGGUUUGUUAUCCAGUACAUACCACAGACAUAUCACUUGACAGGUGUGUAACCAUGGAGGUGUAUCGACCGUCUAUCUGUAUAGCCAUGCUAUAUCUACCAAGGAUCCAUGCACAAUAAAGAUUUAUCAUUCUUA